AUGUCCUUUGCCAUGAAGAAGAUCUUUGGGGCCAAGGAAAAGACACCCUUGGGUUUCUGCGACGCCCCACAAAUGACUGUUUCUGAGUUUUUCUUCGGUGAAAAUCCAAACUAUCCGAAAUACCACACAACAUACAGACCUUUGGGGCACAUCCACCGGGUUGCAGCUGAGGGCGAUGCAGCCCAGAUAGAGAUUCUCAUCAUGCUUGGACAGUGCAGCGUGUAUGACAGAGACCGCAAGGACAGGACGGCUUUGCAUUUUGCCUGUGUCUAUGGCCGGCUACCAGUAGUGACUGUUCUAUUGAACAAUAAGUGUGAGAUCGACGCCUUAGACAAGAACCACAUCACACCUCUGAUGAAGGCUGUCCAAUGCUGGAAGCAGAAAUGCGCGACCGUGCUGCUGGAGCACGGAGCUGAUCCGAACAUUAUCGAUACCAGUGGCAACAGUGCCUUGCACUACGCUGUGUACAACGGCCAUGAGGAGAUGGCGGCCCUACUGCUUCAACACAACGCUGAUAUCGAACAAAAAACCAAGGACGGCUUCACACCGCUGCUGCUGGCACUCAGAGAAAAGAGGGUGGAGGUGGCCGAGUUUUUGGUGAAAAUGGGAGCAGAUAUACACGUUGUAGACGAGCUGCAAAGAAACGCCUUGAUAUACGCUAUAAGAUGUGGAUCCAAAGAUCUGGCUAUAUUACUCCUUGAGAACGGUAUUGAUUUCUCCUACAAGGAUGUCUUUGGAUGGACAGCACUACGCUAUGCUAUUGAAGGCCACUGUACUUUUAGACAGACACUUCUGGAUUUUGAAGAAAAUCUGUAUAUUAAUAAAAAAGGCAACGGGCCAGAAGUAGAAGUUGAACCCAAGACCUCCUGCAUUUUGGCAGAACAAAUAGAUGCUGGAAAUGAUUCACUAGCCAAGAUCUCCAGCUGUCCUAGCCCCGAGACUCCCAUGCUCGCAACGAAGGGAGACGAGAACAGUUGUGAUACCAGGAGCAACUCAGAGAGCAAGCCUCCUAACUGUGCUGACAAUUCUCCAACAGCUGUAGACAAAAUAUUUGGAAACAGAGGAAAAAGAACUGUGGAAGCAUGGGUUGAGAAAGAUCCAUCUUCAAAGUCUGCCACUGAAGUCAGAGACUCUGUUACAAACGAAGCAGUAGAAAGGAUAGAGCUGCUGACAUCCGUAUCAGAGUUAGAAUUGAUGUCAGUAGAAGAAAAUGUGUCUGAUGAAAGUGAAAAGAACCAGCCAUUGAGUGAAUCGGAACAUCUUCCACAGAUAAAAGUUGGCCAUUUAUCUGGUGUAGGAUACCACGUGGGAAAAACUAACGUAAACGGACAGAUGAAAGGUAGGAAUAUCAUUUUAUUAAAAAUUUGUGUGAUCACUUAUUUACUCAAACAAGGUCACUGUUACAUGAUACUAAUAUGCCACUGA